CUCCGUGUGUCAGGCUGAGGCAGCAGCAGCUCGCGGAGCUUCAGUCGGAUUCACAGCUUGCUCUGAACGUCGCGCACUUUCUCAGAUGAGUUUCUGUGUGUCCAGCGCGCUGAGUUAGGCAGCUGGAGGACUAGUUUAGCUGAGUUAGGCAGCUGGAGGACUAGUUUAGUUUAGUGACGUCCUGCUCGCGCGCUCAGCGGUAAGUUUGUGUGAUGAAGUGACGGCGAUUAUCAGCGGAGGAUCGAGGAUCGAGCUGCGGGAGGAUGCAUGUAUUUCUCCGGCUCGGGUUCUCAUUUCUGCUGCUCCUCUGUGUGCUUGUUUCUGCUCAAGGUCCAGAAUGUGGAGCUGGAUGUCAUCACGGCUUCUGUGAGCAGUCUGGAGAAUGCAGGUGCAGAGCAGGUUGGCGCGGUGCGGUGUGCGAUCAGUGUGUUCCUUCACCUGACUGUGUUCACGGAGUGUGUGAAGAACCCGGGCAGUGCAUCUGUGAGCGCGGAUGGACGGGAGCGCGCUGUGAUCGAGAGGUUCACCGGUGUUCAUCAAAGCCCUGCUCGGGAAACUCUACCUGUGUGGAGACCAGAGGAGGAGGACACGUCUGCCUUUGUUCUCCUGCAUACACAGGAGAAAACUGCCAGCUGAAGAAAGGACCGUGUUCAGCGAACAGCUCUCGCUGUCAGAACGGAGGAACCUGCGUGAACACGAGUGGCUCUGACAGCCGUUUCUCUUGCCUCUGUCCAGCUGGAUUCACCGGCUCGUCCUGUGAGCUCCACAUCAGCCAGCUCAAGCACAAACCCCGAGUGAAAGCGUCAGGUCCGGCUCACGCUUUCCACAAGCUGCUGCUGCGUCCGGCCGAGUCUGAGUCCGGUCCGCUGGUCACCCACAGCCAGAUCAUCUGCUUCUCCGUCCUGGCUCUCCUCACCUGUCUGGUGGUCCUGGUCACGACGGGCAUCGUCUUCUUUACCCGCUGCGAGACGUGGAUGGCGAACGCUAAGUACAGCCAGCUGGUGCGACAGCAGAGAGAUCAGCAGAGAGAGCAGCAUUCGCUCAACAUCAUCCUGCCGGAGAAAAUCAAGCUGAGCAACUACAGCAAGCAUUACACGUCCAUAUGAAGCGGAUCCGUGACCGAGAGGUUUGGUGCUUUAGACAAAGAGAGGAUGAAAAACAGCUGCAGUAUUUCAUGCUUUUAUUGUUGGAAUACAUGCAUAUAUUAAGAUGUACAGCGAGCAACACAGACGGCGAAAUACAUGGUUUUCAAUGAUCUCAUGAUUGUGAUAUUGACUCGUACAUGGUUUAAAGCUGGCGUGUUACGAUUCACGAAGAGAUGUUUUCAUCACCUGAGCAUUUUCAUUUUCAUGCACAUAUUUACAUGUGAACAAAUGAUUAAUGUAGCACUAAAUAAACCAUUGUUUUCAAUGCAGACUAUUAAUACUCGUUCUGAUUGCUCAUGCUGUCCUGGCCAUAUGGUUUUGCAUAGUGUCUCUUUUUAACUGCAGGGUUUCUGUGGGUCUUAAAAACUCUUCAUUUGUCCUUCCACAAAUGAACGCCUUAAAAAGACGUGGCAUUAAAUGUUGCAAAAAACAAUA